UCAUGUGACACUGAGGACUGGAAUAAUGGCUGCUGAAAAUUCAGCUUUGCCAUCACAUUUUAAAACAUGUAAAAAAUAAAAUAAAAACAGUAAAAUUACUGUUUUUAUUGUAUUUUUACCAAAUAAAUGCAGCUUUGGUGAGCAUAAAAUAGCCUACUUAAAAAAAAAAAAAAACAGGCCCCAAGAUUUGAGUGGAUAUAUACCACAAAAAGGUAUUAUACAGGUUUAAUGCUGCACAAAGAUGGCAUUAUAAUGCAUUUAAAAAGAUGUUAAAUGACAUAUAUAGAAUAUAACAUUUGAAAACACGUAGGCCUAUUAUAAAAUGUAUUGUAAUACAAAUGCAUGCUCUCUAAUGUCAAUGACAAAGUUUAAGGCUGCACUGAUGCAGCAUCAGAAUUGCUUUGCUUCUGUGAACAGUAUGACUUUUAUGUGUCAUUGCUCCAAAUUCUGUGUAAAGACAGACACAGAGCCUCCUCAAAGCAACCAUUGUUAUAGACGCCUUAACUGAUGCUGAGAGCACAUCAUCUUUCUCAUCAUCAUCUCCAGUGCUGAUCUCUGGGCUGAAGGGGGUGUGUUCUCAUCAGAGCGCUGGAAAUCCCCCCAUUAGUCACACAAAAGCGACGCAAACGGCAGCUCUACAUCGUAUCAAAGCUCGAUCUUGUGCCGAACGAGGACUUUAAACUAUGUAGGCACGGAGGACAGGGUUUAAAUGGGCAAUCUGAUGGGCAGCUGGAGAUAUAAGGAGCCGAGCACAGUGGAAGAAUGCGACUCGACGUGGGAAACGGACUCGGAGAGCGACGAGCAUCAGCCGGGAGGAGAGGAGGAGGACAGCGGCAUCUCCGAGUCCAUGAGCCCGGCGGAUUCCGUCAGAGGAGCCGAACAGCUGGACCACGGAUCACCGCAGUUUGGUGACAUGAUGGAGUCUUCCACUAGGAUGAAGAGGAGCUUUUACGCCGCAAAGGACUUGUACAAGUAUCGCCACAGUUAUCCGAACUACAAGGAGCCUCGUCAGCCGAAUGAAUAUCGCAAUCUGAGGUUUUAUCUGAAUAAGAUCCCCCUGGUGCCGGACGAAGAAAGAAAAUCAUGCAGGUUUGAGAUGAGUGGUAUUUAUAUUGAAGAAAUCCUCACUAAAUGGAGGGGAGACUAUGAAAAACUAGAGCACAAUCACACAUACAUUCAGUGGCUCUUCCCACUCAGAGAACAGGGCCUAAAUUUUUAUGCUCAAGAACUCACUCAGGAUGAGAUAAAGGAAUUCCAAAGCACUCGAGAAGCCAAGAGACGCUUCCUCCUAGCAUAUACAAUCAUGUUGGAUUUCUUUGGAAUCAAACUCCUGGAUAAAAAUGGGAAUGUGGCUCGAGCCCCAAACUGGCAGGAUCGCUUCCAGCACCUAAAUGAGUCGCAGCACAACUACUUGCGUAUCACUCGCAUUUUGAAAAGCCUUGGUGAACUGGGCUUUGAAAGCUUCAAGUUGCCUCUGGUGCGUCUGCUGUUGGAGGAGGCGCUGGUGGAGGGCACAUUACCCAACAUGCGUCACAGCGCACUGGAAUACUUUGUCUACACACUGCGGCAACACGCUCAGAGACGCGCCCUGCUUCGCUUCGCCCAGCGCCACUACCACCCGCCUGAGAACUUCAUCUGGGGGCCACCCAAGAAGAAACGCAUUCCGGCCUCUGGAUCCACUGGGACAAGAGUGGGAAGAAAUGAGGCGGUGGAGAGGAGUGCGGGCAAAGCCAGGUCACCUAGGGAGGGCAGAAAUAACUGGGAGGUGGAGGACACGGACGAGAGGAAGAGUGGAGAGUGGAAAACAGCAAAAGGGUCCAAGGUCCUGCAGGAGGGCAGGGGGAGAGUAGAUCUAGAAGAAUAUAUUGAGACCAUUCCUCUGUAAGAAUAGAAAGAGAGGGAUUCUGGGAAUGCUCAAGUAGCCUAAGCUGAGCUUCAAGUUAGGUAAAGGAAUGGCACAGCAAUAUUAUUCCAUACUAUUGCCUUUUAGAGACUUGCUUUGUGAACAACUUGACUGUUUGACUUUUUUUUUUUAAUUACGAAGUGUUUUUUCUUAACUCUGAAUACUUUUCAUAGUGUUAGCGGAUGAAUUUCUCUACUGUAAUUCCUAUUUGCAGCCCUCUGGAGAGUUCUUAGCACAUGUACAAGUGUGAGUAUAUAUAUAAGUGCUACCUGAGCACAUUGUGUGAAAUAUUGCACUUUUUGUCGAUUCAGUCUUCCCCUGUGAGAGAAUAUUAUCUUAGUCUACUCUACAGGCUUUGAGAAUAGGCUUUAUUUGCUAAUCAUAAGCCCGACUCUCAGACAGAUGUGUCUUUUCUGUGUUUAGAGCUUGCUGAAGUUUCUUGUUAUGGAUACUCUUAGCUCCUUGUAACAGAUCAUAAUAAUGUGUAGUCAGUGUGAAUAUACUUGCAGGAAUUUUCAGGUAAUUGAUCUUCCAUGUUUUUAUAGGUACGCGUGAGACUUUAAUCCAGUUUUCUCAAAAACGUCUUGCAAUAUAAAGUGCCUCUUCUUUCGUUUGUUACAGCAUGUGUGUCGCGCUCUAUCAUUUUGAGUCUUAAGUAGCGCGCCGUUUGUGGAAAAAACGAUAAGCAAAACUAACUUAAAUUUUAAAGUAUAAUCUAUCAAAUUAUGUACAUUUUUAAUGAAACUUGAAAAUAUACGUUUCGGUUUGACACCAAUAAAUGAGCGUGGUAUGACAGAUCGCACAUCUCUCCAAGUGUGGGUAUCUGCAGGUUGGAAUAAUGGGCGUGCCUAAAGGUCUUUACAGUUGGUCGCGAAAGCUGCCUGUCAGGGUGUGGGGUAGGGUUAGGGGGUAUUUUCCGUUGUAGCAAUUCACCUUUCGGCACGUCGCUACCUUUCAGCAAGCCCAUUACUCCGACCUGCCGCUAUCCUCCCUGUCUCGAUCGUGGUGUGUCAGAGCGCGCAUUAACCGAUCUUGUAUUCUGAUUUACUACUAGUUAAAGCACAAAAUAAACAUGAAUGGGCUUCCAAAUGUCUAUUGAAAAAUAAAGUACAAUUUACUAAAAUGUAUAAUUUCUCAUGUAAUCGGUGAAGAAGUGUUUCAACGGCGGAAAGUCGUCAAUAAAACAGCUUGUGAACAUGGUAGGCUGCGUAACUUACAUUUACCUCAGGAAAGCCGUUCAAUGGCUAUAGCGUUAGCUAGCUGGAAAAGUAAAAUUAUAGUUUAUAUAUGCACAAUAUUAUAAAUAAACUUUAUAUUUCAACUUAGCCUGUUAUUGUCUUAAUUUUAAGACUGAAUUUCCUAAUUGUGACAGAAAAUGUGAACUCUUUAGACAUAAUUUUCUCAAAAACAGGUUUUUAUGACAGCCACAAGUUAAAUGAUGAUUAUAGUUAUCUCGACGACUGUUUGAAAGAUAAUGGUAAUAUUAUUAGAAAGCAAAAAAAAAAGAGCUUUUUCAUUUAGUGCAUAUAACUCAAAACUACUCAAAGUGAUGGAGCAUAUCACAUACUGUAUGUAUGUGUGAGAGUGCUGCCUUUCUCUCAUCAUACUUAGAGUGUUUAUGUGUGGACAAUCAGGGCUUUUGAUGGUCACUAUCCAUAUAGAAUACAAAUACAUUUUUAAAGCAGAUAUUAAUCAAUAUGGAUCAAGUGUGUAUGCUAUGUGUGUGUUUGUUCCACACUGAUGUACCCAGAGGGCUAGCCAUACCUCCACAGCACAGGUGUGUGUGUGUGUGUGUGUAAAUGUUAUGGAGUUCUUCCUGUUUUAGUUUCUAUCGGCACACAAAAAGAAGUGAACAUUUUAAGGAAAGACCCCUUUCUUCCGUAAUAGUGCAGCUGAAAUCCAUCUUUCUUUCUUUUUGAUCAAAUGAUGAAGGCUCUCUGUCCUCAUCUUGUUUUUCUCACAGCCUCUUUCCCUCUGUCAAUAUUUAGAUUGAGCACACUUUUUUGUUUGCCGUCUAUCCUAGUUCGUACCCUGGGGUUCAUUAAACCCCGUCUCUCUGAAUGUGUGAGAGUCACAUUCUUCUCCAUGGUUGUCUUGUCUACUAAGAUGCCUUCAUCUGGUUGUUUUUUCAAUGCAGCACAGAUGUGCCCCGUAAUAUCCUACAACCCUGUACAUGUGGUAUAUGGCAGUUGGUGAAAAGAAAAAAGGCAUCUGAUUGGGAGACUGAAGUAAAUUUAUACAUUAAUGUCUUUCAACUUCUACUAAGAAAUAAGUAUUAAAUAUUUGCUUGCUUAUCUCUUAAGCUCACUUGAAUUUGUUCUUGAUUUUUAGAUGUGAAGUUAUAAUGCUUUGGAAGCCAGUCUGAAACCAGUUUUUUAGGAGAUAGGCUACUUUUAUACAAAAACAUUUUGCCUUUCAGUCAAGCAACAAGACUUCAGUUUCAGACAUAGCUAGUGACUGGGAAACAAAAAGCCAUCUUCUCUUUGUCCAUCUUGGUUCUAAAAGACUGUUGAUUCCACAUUUCAGUGUUUCUUGUGACACAAUUGUUGGAAACAGUUUGACUGGCCUAAUGUAAGGCACCAUAAGUGUUUUUUUUGUUUUUGUGGGAAGUGAUAAUUUGUUAUCAAAGAAAGUGUGACAUUUGGAAGUUCAUAUUUGGACGUUUAUAUUGUGGCCUAUACUGUAUAAUAAAGUGCAGCUCUUUGACAAAUUGUAAGUGUGUGUGUGUGUGUAAAUGUGGCUACUGAAUUUUGAUGUUUUGCGAACUUGGCACAACUGCUUUUAUACAUCUUUUAUUUUACAUUUAAUUCAAAUGAAUUCAACUGUGGGGCCAGUUGUCAGAUGAGAAAUGGAUGUUACUAUUAUGACUUUUCAAACAUAUGCACUUUGAGAAGAUAAAUGCACAUAAAACAGUUCUUUGUGAUAAAAAAAAAUGCUGAAUAAUAAUAAAAAAAAAAAAUCAAACCACAGGCUUUCCACAUUAAUUUCAUCACCUUUUUUACUUAUUACACAACACAUUGGAAUAAUUCUGAUUGGUCAAUCACAGCUUUGUCAAAUUAUAAAAAAAAAAAAAAAAAAAAAAAAUAGAAUAUAUAUUAUAUAAU